AUGGCUGCUAGCAGCUUUGGAACUGGUCCACCACCAGUGUUUGAUGGUCAAAAUUAUCAGCUUUGGGCUGUAAAAAUGAAGACCUAUCUAAGAGGUUUUGAUCUCUGGGAAGUAGUGGAGACCGAAAAUUGUCCUCCACCAUUGAGAGCCAACCCCACUGUGACUCAGCUGAAGCACUAUGCAGAAGAGAGUGCUAAGAAAUACAAGUCCUUGUCCAUCAUUCAUGCUGCAGUGAUAGAGACAAUUUUCACAAGAAUUAUGGCUUGUGAUACGAGCAAGGAAGCUUGGGACAGAUUACAAGAAGAGUUUCAAGGAAGUGAAAAGACUAAGCAAAUGCAAGUUUUAAACUUGAGAAGAGAAUAUGAGCUAUUGAAAAUGAAGGAGAGUGAACCAGUAAAGGAAUACACUGAUAGGCUCAUGAAAAUAGUAAAUCGAAUCAGGUUGCUUGGGGAAGAUUUGCUAGAAAAGAGGGUGAUUGAAAAGGUGUUAGUGAGCUUGCCAGAAAAAUUUGAGUCUAAAAUUUCCUCCUUGGAAGACUCAAAAGAUUCAUUUGAGAUAUCUUUAGCUGAGUUGGUGAAUUCCUUACAAGCUGUAGAGCAGAGGAAGGCUUACAGACUUGAAGAUAUAAAUGAAAGUGCUCUACUUGCUAGUCAAAAGGGCAUAGCUUAG